AUGGCUGGUGCAAUUGUUAAUCCUGCCUUGGGGCAGCCAAUUCAAUUCAGUGCUGAAAAGAUAAAGGAAGAGGUGAGGCUUGUUGGUAAUGUCAAAAAGGAAGUGAAACAACUUCAGAGCAAUCUUGAAGCCAUUCAAGCUGUGCUACCUGAUGCAGAGGAGAGGCAAAUGAAGGGCGACAGAGCUGUGAGACGUUGGUUAGAUCAGCUCAAAGACACAUCCUACGACAUGGAAGAUGUGUUGGACGAGUGGAAUACUGAAAUCACGAAGUUGCAGGUUGAAGGAGAUCUUGAAGAUGCUCCUGCUCCUAUGCUGAAGGUACUUUCCUUGUUCCUCUGUUCUUGCUUUGGUAUCAAACAAGUUGUUUUGCGCCGUGAUAUAGCACAAAAGAUAAAAGAAUUAAAUGAAAAACUAGAUAUUAUUGCCAGAGAGAGAGAUGCAUACAAUUUCAAGGAAAUGAAGAGUAUUGAAGCACCGGAACGAGUUCGAACUACAUCUUUAGUUGAUAUGACUGAAAUAUAUGGUCGAGAAUCUGAGAAGAAUUUUUUAAUGAGUAAGUUGUUAGAUGAGAGAAAUGAAAAACAAAGAAACCUUCCUGUCAUCUCACUUGUAGGGAUGGGAGGAAUUGGGAAAACAACUCUUGCUCAAUUAGUUUAUAAUAAUAACAAGGUCAUGAGCCAUUUUGACACAAAAAUAUGGGUGUGUGUAUCAGAUUCUUUUAUUGAGGUUAGGGUUGCCAAAGCAAUCAUCGAAGGAUUGGAAUGUCCUACCAAUGAUUUUGUUGAAUUGGAAUCUCUUUUGAAAUGUAUUCGUCAAUCUAUUACGGGAAAAAAAUUUCUUCUCGUUUUAGAUGAUAUGUGGUCAGAAGAUUAUAACAAAUGGGAAUCAUUUUAUCACUGUCUAAAGAAUGGUUUCUAUGGUAGUAAAGUUUUGAUUACAACAAGGAAUGAAAGAGUUGCAUUGAUUAUGGGGUCAGUUGCUCCUAUCAUAAUGGAGCAAUUAGCUCAAGAGGAAUGUUGGUUGCUAUUUAGUCAAUUAGCAUUUUUUGGUAGGCCUCCUAAGCAAUGUGAAAAAUUAGAGCAAAUUGGAAGAGAAAUUGUUGCAAAGUGCAAGGGUUUGCCGCUUGCAGCAAAAACUAUUGGCAGUCUCCUGCGAUUUAAGAAAACUAGAGAUGAAUGGCAACGAAUUUUAGAUAGUGAAAUUUGGAAAUUGGAAGAGAUUGAGAAAGGUCUUUUAUCCCCUUUAAUGUUGAGUUAUAAUGAUUUGUCAUCUGGGAUAAGACAAUGUUUUUUAUAUUGUGCUAUCUUUUCAAAAGAUCAUAAUUUAAAGAAAUAUCACUUGAUCAAAUUAUGGAUGACUCAAGGUUAUUUUGGGUUUGACAAUGAUACAGAGAUGGAAGUAAUAGGCCAAGAGUAUUUUGAUCAUUUAGCAUCUCGGUCAUUCUUCCAAGAGUUUCAAAAAGAUGAUGAUGAUGAGAAUAUCAUAAGCUGCAAGAUGCAUGAUAUAGUUCAUGACUUUGCUCAAUUUCUCACUAAGAGCGAAUAUUUAACUGUGGAAAUCAAUGAGGGCAGUGAAGAGCUAGUCAUAAACACUUCCAAUGAGAAAGCCCGACAUUCAAUGUUAACACUUCAUGUAGGGGCUACAUUUCCCAUCUCCAUUUGUAGCAUCAAAAGUUUGCGGAGUCUUUUCAUUGGCUAUGAAAGUUAUGACCAAUUGUCUAAUGAUGUUCUACUAAAUCUCUUUGGUGAAUUGACAUGUUUAAGGGCAUUAGACAUAAGUGUAAGAUUCAGAGCAUCGAAUUUGAUUACAACGGUUCCAAAAGAGGUAAAAAAAUUGAUACAUUUGAAAUAUCUGAAUUUGUCUUAUCAGGAUGUGGAAAAACUUCCAGAAACUUUAUGUGAGUUGUACAAUCUGCAAACUUUAGAUAUUUCUUGGUGUCGGAAGCUUAAAGAACUGCCUCAAGGGAUGGGGAAGUUGAUAAACUUGAGGCAUCUGAUUAAUCUUGCAACAAACUCAUUAAGUUACAUGCCCAAGGGAAUUGAGAAAUUAACUUGUCUCCGAACAUUGAGUAAAUUCAUCGAAAAUAGCAGCAGCAGUGAUGGUAGUAAAGCAUGUAGUACUCUUGCAUGCUUGAAAGAUUUGAAACAUUUAAGAGGAACACUUGAAAUUAGCGGGCUGAGAAAUGUGACCAAUACGAGUGAGGUUAAGAGAUUACAAAUUCUCAGCAAUAAAAAGAACCUCUUCUAUUUAACGCUUAGUUUCGAUAAAGAUGGAGAAGGAGAGAGGGAAAAUGAUGAUGAUGAGUUACUUCUUGAGGUUUUGCAACCGCAUCCAAAUUUAGAGAAAUUAGAUAUUGGCAAUUACAGAGGCAGCACUCUUUAUUUUGAUUGGAUCAUGUCAUUAAGCAGGCUGAGGGAAUUGUUUCUUUUCAACUGUGAAAAUUGUAAGCAUUUGUCUCCCUUGGGAAAAUUGCCAUCACUUAAAUUACUAAGGAUAAAUAGAAUGAGUGCGAAAAAUCUAGUUACGAGAAUCGAAAGCGAUGGUGCAUUUUCAUCAUCUACAUUAGUUAUUCGCUUUCCCAAGUUGAAAGUUCUUGAAUUUGAUGAUAAUUUCGAAUGGGAAGAGUGGGAUUACGGGAAUACAAUCUUGCCAUGCCUUGCUUAUUUGUCAAUCAAUUACUGUGGAAAAUUACGUGCACUGCCAGAUGGCCUUCAGAAAUUUAUCAUUAUGUUUUGUUAA